CUCUCUCCCUCGUUCCCCUUUCCGUCCCCUGCCGGCUCCACCCUGCUUCUCGUGUGUGUCGUCACGAGGGGAGGCAGAGCCGCUCCCUCUCCCGAACGCGCAAUCGUCACUCCUCUACUCUCAAUUCUCGUACGCCUAACGUCAGUUCUAACAUCCAAGAGUAGAUGGUGGGAUAGCGGCUCGCUGGCGAGCAGCUCUUCGACCACGACCUCCGAAAUAUAUCCGUCUUCAGGCUUUGAAACUCACGCACUUUCAUUGGGCGAUCGGAUUCGCGCUCACGCUUUGCACGCCACUGGCACGGGGACUUGAGCCGUGCUUGCAUAGCUAUAAUGUGCUUUUGUGGACACAGCGCAGAUUGGAAGCGCGAGGAGGUGCCAGAUCACAAGUUUGAUUUCAUUGAUGUCCGGGAUUAUCGGUCUAGGGGAUGCCUGACUCAGCUCAGAUAUGGCCUGCUCUGGAGUCUGAUCGCCAAGUCGUUCGCAGUGUACAUUGCCGACAUCUACACAGCUGUGACACUGCUGGCCAUCGGACACUUCCGCUCGAGCAUCUACCAGAACUGCGACAAGAAUGGUGGCAGCAGCUUUUACGUCUCGAUCGACUACUCAAAAUGGAUUUUCUGCGGCUGUAUCCUCUUCUCGUUCCUGCUCCUCGCAUAUGAAGCGCACAAAACUCGCGCAAUUGUCAGAAGUAGAGAUAUCAGCUAUGCGUACACGAACGUGAUGGCAAACAACUACUACUCGAUGCGAAGUUACAACCACUUUUGCUUCUUCUGCCAGAUCAACAAUUCAAAGAAGAAGAAGGACGAAUUUGCUUUCUUCAUCUUCUUCACCUUCAAAGGAUGGAAACGCCUCCUCGUUGCCGAUGGUCCUCGCCAAACAAUCAACGCACUGACCUUGUUCAACUUUGCCAAGUGCAAGGGUUUUAGCACCGAGUUCAGCGACUACUACGAAGGCUCGUGGCUCACCGCUGCUCUGCUCAUCACGAUGCUGUUCACCGUCCUCGUUUUUGCGGCCUCGAUGAUUCUGCUCCUGAUCGCGGGCCUGAUGUACCUGCCUAUGCUGUGUUAUAUCAAGGGCAACCUAAAAGAGUACUGCUGCCACAAGAUUGAUAAACGGAUCAGUGAGCUGGUGCGUUUCAAGAAAAAGCAGCGACUGGCCAAGCAGGCAGCAAUCGCACGCAGAGAGGCCGAGGGCGAUUUCUCUCACCUGAAGAACAAAAAGGGCGAAAUCGUUGGGCGCGCCAUCCCGCAGCCGACACUUCCGACGCUCGAUGUCGACCUCCUUGCUGACGACAGCAAGGCUUCCAACCCGAACAGUGCUGCUGGCUCUGUUGUAGGGCACAAGCGGGUUGGGAGCGUCGCGAGCGCGAUGGUCCCGCCUGGCGAUGUGCCAGGCAUGGGAUUCGCAGAAAGUCCUGGCUUCCCCCCGGGUGCGUUUAUCGGCAUGGGCAUGACCCCACCCGCGAGCACGAUCGGACACUAUGAUAAUGGCGGUGGCGGCGGGAUGUAUGGCGGCGCAGACGAAAAUGCCAGCAGUGCGCACUUGGUGGCGCACGCUGGUUAUGCGGGCGGCAUGGGCGGUGCAGGUGUCGCGGGGACGGACGGGUGGAGCACGCCGAAUACGCUCAGCCCUGACGCCAUGCCGGUGCGCAUCCAAGGCCACAUGCAUGAUCUCGUUGGCAAUGGCGGUGGUGAUUGGGCCCCCUCGCACGGGCAUGGCCAGAUGGUGCCCCCCUGCGCACCGUUUGCCGAUCCGUACGGAUAUCCCCCAGACCACGCUGCUGCGGGCUACUCUCCGAAGCUCGCGCCUGUGCAGUCGCAUUCUCAACAAGGCUGGCCUCUCGGUUCGAGGUCAGCGUCAGGGCCUGUGUCACGGUCAGUAUCGGAGUCUGGAUCGGCAGCAGCGGCGGCUCCGCCGAUGGCGCCGGCACCGACCAUGGUGGCAGACGUCGGUCUCGACUUUCCGCCACUGCAGCAUGCGCAGACGAGCGGCGUGCAGGGUCUGGAGUACCCGCCUCCCAUGCCUCCACAGGCGCAGGCGGGGCCACAGCGGCGGCAGCAGUUGCCGGAUCUGGGUGCAUACAUGCCGUACGCGGAAGAACAGCUGCCGGAUCAUCGGCAGUACCAGCCGCAUCAACAGAAGCAGCAGCAACCAUACGCGCAUCAAGGUUACGGGCAGGCAUAUGGCCAGCAGGGCUCGUUCCAGGAGCCAUCUGCAGAGCAGUAUCAGAUGCAGGCGCGGCAGCCUGUGCCGCUGAUCUAUCCGUCUUCGCACGCCGACGCCGAUGCGGAAGCCGAGGAAGGUUCGAGCUUCUUUGCACAGCUCAGGGCUGGGAGCGCCCCGCCGCCGCAGCAACAGCAGCACCUGCACAGUGAGGCGGCUCACCAUGGUGGUGCAAGCUUCGAUGGCGGUGGCCGUGGCGGGGGGGUCAGCGGCUCGUCGCGGCAGUCGUCGAUGAACUUUGAGGACAUCUACGCGCAGUACGUUUCCGGUGCUGCUGGAGAGGACGAGCCACAGCAGCAGCCUCUAGGCGGCGGUGGCGGCAAGCAUGAUUCCGUGCUAGACACGUACUAUGAUCGAUGAUACACGACGAGGGACAAUCUUUUUAAUCGAUGUGUUGAUCAAUUCGUUGAGCCAAAGCAGGCCUGGCACAGGCGAUUCCCGACUGCAAUUCGCACCUAUCCUACCAGCUACGUACUGCUGCCAUGCGAUCGAAACGGGUUGAAAUCGACCAGCAGUAGCAAACAUCCACCCCACCAUGUAUGACGUCCCCCGAUCGCUCCGCUUGUCCUCCUGCGGCCGAUUUGAUUUGAUUCGGAACAACGACGGCGGCGUGCGCGCUUGUAUUCUACAAGAGAGAAGCGGUUGGUGGGAUCGAAUCGAAUCCAAUCGAAUCAUGUCGUUCCGCCCGUUAGGAGAGGAGCGAGUUGCUACAUGCAGGAAAAAAGAAACAAAGGGAUUGGGGAAGGGUUGGGCACCCACCAUAGCACACUGGGCACUUGAAGCUG